AUGGCGUCCAGCGCGGCGCCCGUGGCCCCCACGGCGGGAGGGGAGGGCGAUGCCCGAUGGGGCAAGAGCCCCAUAUUCUGGCCCAACCUUGAUGAUGCCGAGGGAGGGGCCAGAUUCGUUCUGGAUGACCCGUCGGAGGAUUACCUCUCGCAGGGUCUGGACGCGUGUGGGCGUGCCAGCGUCGAGGCCAUCAACCGAGCUUCUCAGCUCGUGAGCCGAGACAUGUAUAACUUAGCCCAGGCGCUCAAGGCUGCAUCCCUAGAGAAGUCAGUUUUUCUCCGCCGAGAAAGGGAUGCCUGGGCGACCUAUGAGAAUGAGAGGGCUGCUAGGGAGGCGGCUGAGGGGGAGCUCGCGAAGGAGUACCUUGCCCUGAACCAGACUCAGGCCGACCUUGCUGCCGCUCAGAGUCAGGUGGCCCGCUGGCACCGGAGCUCGGCGAAGCACGAGAAGCGAGCCGAGGAGUUUGAGAGGAAGGCGGUCGAGGCGACCUCUACUGCCGAGGCCCUGCAGAGGUCCCUUGACGCCGAGGUUUCGGACCGCUCGGCUCUCGAAGCCGUGGUCACCUCGGCGUGUGAGGGGCUCGGGGUGCCGACAUCGGGAUCGUCGCUGCGGAGUCGGGUCGAGGCCCUUUACUCCCGGGCCGGGGAGAGGAUGAGGGAGGCGCUCCAUGCCGGGGUGAAAAAAGCCCAGGCGGUGGUGAGUUCUCACUAUGCCGGCAUUGACUUGCCGGCGGUCUGUGAGGGCUACGUCCUCCCUGAUGAUGAGACAGAGGCCCAGGAGGAAGUGCAGAGGCUUGAGGACGCCUCGACUGCUCCCGGGGAUGCCUUGGCCGCUUUCUUCGAUGACGAGGUGGAGCUUCCCCCCCUCGGGGCUCAAGGGCCACAGCCGCCGCCACCGCGCCUCCACCUCCACCUCCACGUCGACACUACUAGUGCCACCGCCGGCACCAACGACGGGUCGGCCGCCUCUCCCGGCUCCGCGUCCUCCUCCCACCACUCCUCCCGCGCCCCGCGCCCCGCCACUCCCACCGGCGGCGGCGGUGGCAGCAGGGGCACGCAUCAGUCGAAAAUCGGCGAGGCAUGCGCGCCGUGCAAGUACCAGCGGCGCAAGUGCAAGCAGGACUGCCCGCUCGCCCCCUACUUCCCCGGCGACCAGCAGAUCCGCUUCCUCCGCGCCCAGCGCCUCUUCGGCGUCAGCAACAUGCUCAAGACGCUGAAACGGGUCGGACCUAAGUACGGGCCCGAGGCCAUGCGCACCAUCAUCUACCAGUCCGACGCUCGCGCCGCCGACCCCGUCGGCGGCUGCGUCGGCAUCAUAAAUCAACUGCAGCGACAGAUCCGCGACGCUGACGUGGAGCUCCAGUUUGUUAGGCAGCAGAUCGCCAUCUGUCGCCAGCACCAGCAGGCGGCCGCCGGCGUUCUCUCCGGCCCGGCGGCGGCGAUGAUCCUACCUCACGCUGACGCUUCUUCCCCUGUGGUGGGAGUGGGACUGGUGGCUGCAGGCCAGCAGGACCACAAGGUAGCUGUGGACGCGAUGAUCUACACCGCCGGUCGCGGUCAGCAGCCAUCCAUCCCUGCAGGUGAUGAUCCAUCGUCGCACCAGCAGCAGCUCUACGAUUACUUCUGCUACAACAAUGGCACCGCCGGCGAUGAGGCGACGAGCGACGAUGGGGGAAUGCAGCAGUACGGCGGCUUAGCCGACGUCGUCGGCGGCAGUGUCGCCAAGGCUGGAUCACGGGCCGUGGCCCUGGGCGAGCAGCUGGGGCAGCACUGCCAGAUCCAGAUACAGGCGUUGCCGUUCGUGGACGCGUUCAACGAGAAGAAGCCACAGAUACUGCCGGCGACAAUACAACACCAUGGCCGUGCGGCUGCCGGCGAUCUGCUGCAUCCAGGAAAGAAGAAGCUGGUGACGCCCAAGGUCCUGGUCGAGCACGACGACGUAGAUGAGCACAUGGACGAGCAGCAGGCGACGGCAGGGGCCCCAUGCCACCUGGAGUUAGGCUUCUCCUCUUUCUAAUGCAUGCAUGAGAGAUACAUUAAUUCAUCCAUGACCAUGCAUACACAGUUUUAAUUUCUUGAUUUUAUAUUCAAUAAUAAUUAGUUUAAGCAAUGUCCAUUAGAUUCUCAGUUUCCUUUAGAGAGUAUGUUAGUUAUUUUUGCGGAUCAGUACCCCAAUAGUUCAGUUAGGUUUUAUCAUGGAUUUUCGUCGCUCUUAGUGGAUCAAUCUUUGAUGUAAGGUUCAUGAACCAUGUUUGAGGAAACAAGUAUUAUGAGUUCAUUCAAUAAAAUAGA